GGAGGACAUGGAUUAGGGGAAGGAGGGGGGAGGAGAAGUUUCCUGUGUGUGUGGAGAGAGGACGCUGGUGCUGGGCUUGUUUUUCGCACAUCAGCUGCUUGUUUUUAUUUUAAAGUUAGCAACAUUGGACAACAUUGGAGAGGAGGUGACGGUGACUGGCAGUGAGGACAAUUGAGAAGGAUUCCCACUAAGAAUAAUAGAAGACAUUGUGGAAAAGGACAUUGUUCUCUGAUCAAGCCAACUACAGACGCCAUUUCUUCUUACACCUCUGGGGGAUUCACAAAAGCUAUUCUCAUUAUCUGGAUAGAAAAAAACAUUAAACAGCUAAUUUGUUUCUCCUCCAAUACAUGAUGAGUCUCACAGGAGAGAAACGAUAUCUGUGCUCUGAGUGUGACAAAAGCUUUACAUAUAAAUCUCAUUUUCUCAGACAUCAGAUGAGUCACACAGGAGAGAAACCAUAUUUGUGCUCUGAGUGUGACAGAAGAUUUACACAUAAAUCAGAGUUUCUCAUACAUCAGAGGAGUCACACAGGAGAGAAACCAUAUCUGUGCUCUGAGUGUGACAAAAGUUUUACAUGUAAAUCACAACUUCAUAUACAUCAUAGGAGUCACACAGGAGAGAAACCACAUCUGUGCUCUGAGUGUGACAGAAGAUUUACACACAAAUCACAGCUUCUGAGACAUCAGAGGAGUCACACAGGAGAGAGACCAUAUUUGUGUUCUGAGUGUGACAGAAGCUUUACAUGUAGAUCACAUCUUCGCCAACAUCUCAAGAUCCACACAGGAGAAAGACCACAUCUGUGCUCUGAGUGUAACAAAAGCUUUAUAUGUAACUCACAGCUUCUCAUACAUCAGAGGAGUCACACGGGAGAGAAACCGUAUCUGUGCUCUGAAUGCAGCAAGUGUUUUACUUGGAAGUCGAAUCUUGUUAGACACCAGAGGAGUCACACAGAAGAGAAAUAUAAAUGUUCUGAAUGCAGCAAGUGUUUUACUCGAAAGUCAACUCUUGUUAUGCAUCAGAGGAGUCACACAGGAGAGAAACCAUUUAAAUGUUCUGAAUGCAGCAAGUGUUUUUCCCAGAAGGCAGUGCUUGUUAACCAUCAGAGGAGUCACACAGGAGAUAAACCAUUUAAAUGUUCUGAAUGCAGCAAGCGGUUUUUCCAGAAGGCAAAUCUUGUUAGACAUCAAAUAGUUCACACAGGAGAGAAACCAUUUAAAUGUUCUGAAUGUAGCAAGCAUUUUUCCCUGAAGGAAAAGCUCGUUGGACAUCAGAUGGUUCACACAGGAGAAAAAACAAUUAAAUGUUCUGAAUGCAGCAAAUGUUUUUCCCAGAAGGCAACGCUUGUUAGACAUCAGAGGAGUCACACAGGAGAGAAACCAUUUAAAUGUUCUGAAUGCAGCAAGUGUUUUUCCCAGAAGUCAAAUCUUAUUAUGCAUCAGAGGAGUCACACAGGAGAGAAACCAUUUAAAUGUCCUGAAUGCAGCAAGUGUUUUCCCCUUAAGGCAGAGCUUGUUAUGCAUCAGAGGAGUCACACAGGAGAGAAACCAUUUAAAUGUUCUGAAUGUAGCAAGUGUUUUUCCCAGAAGUCAAAUCUUGUUAUGCAUCAGAGGAGUCACACAGGAGAGAAACCAUUUAAAUGUUCUGAAUGCAGCAAGAGUUUUUCCCUUAAGGCAAAGCUUGUUAGACAUCAGAGGCGUCACACAGGAGAGAAACCGUUUAAAUGUUCUGAAUGCAGCAAGCGUUUUUCCCAAAAGGCAGAUCUUGUUAAACAUCAGAGGAGUCACACAGGAGAGAAACCAUUUAAAUGUUCUGAAUGCAGCAAGGGUUUUUCCCAGAAGGGAGAUCUUGUUAUACAUCAGAGGAGUCACACAGGAGAGAAACCAUUUAAGUGUUCUGAAUGUAGCAAGUGUUUUUCCCGUAAGGCAGAGCUUGUUAUGCAUCAGAGGAGUCACACAGGAGAGAAACCAUUUAAGUGUUCUGAAUGCAGCAAGUGUUUUUCCCGUAAGAGAGAUCUUGUUAUACAUCAGAGGAGUCACACAGGAGAGAAACCAUUUAAGUGUUCUGAAUGCGGCAAGUGUUUUUCCCGUAAGGCAGAUCUUGUUAUACAUCAGAGGAGUCACACAGGAGAGAAACCAUUUAAGUGUUCUGAAUGCAGCAAGUGUUUUUCCCGUAAGGCAGAGCUUGUUAUUCAUCAGAGGAGUCACACAGGAGAGAAACCAUUUAAAUGUUCUGAAUGCAGCAAGUGUUUUUCCCGUAAGGCAGAGCUUGUUAUUCAUCAGAGGAGUCACACAGGAGAGAAACCAUUUAAAUGUUCUGAAUGCAACAAGUGUUUUUCCCGUAAGAAAACACUUGUAAAUCACGUGUGGAGUCACUGUGAGGGCCUGAAUGCAGCAUGUGUUUCAUAAGUAAGGGAACUCUUAGCACUACAAUAUGCAAUGAAGGGAGCAAAUUUUUAUUUUCGGAUUGUGGCAAGUUUUAUAUAAGAAGAAGGAAAGGUAACUGUGUCAGGCGCUAUAGAUAAAUUUAAUUUUCACCUGGAUACUGUAUAUAGUCCAGUACUAAUUAAUACAUUAAUAAAUGGCUGCCUUCACACUAUGGACUUGGUAGUCCACCAAAAUAUGGAAAAUCAAUAAAUAUGUAGAGUGAAGGCGCACAAGAAUAUUAAACAACAGCUGCUGACUUGAUACAAUUAGAUCACAAUUUAUUAAAAUUUUAAACACGUUUAAUCAACAUUUAAAACACAGGUUAGUAUAUAACACAUGCACAGCAGGAAAACACAGGUGUUAAUAUGCUUUCCAAUGCAAGACUUAGUGUUGAGAAUCAGUUCUCUUUUAGCUGGGUUACUUAUUAUGCAUCCAAAAUAAAUGCUGAGUUAGUUUUUAUGCAUGUAAAUAAUGAUAUACAUUUUUUAGAUAUUGCAAAUCUGUCCAGGGCGAUUACUAUAGAAACAGCUACUUUUUUUAAGCCUGUGGAUGCAAACAAUUUCUUUAAAUAUGGCAGUAGUCAUUUACAGGUAUGGAAAAAGAAUAUCCCCAAAAGCAGUUUCGGACUGGGGCAUAAAGGGCCCAUCGGGGAAUGCAGUUGUAGGGCCCAUGUUUAAGGGUGUGGUCAGUUUCUGAAGACGGUGUGGCCAGCUGAUACAUUGGAUUGCCUAACCAUUAAUGGGUGCGUGGGCUGGGCUCCUUGACAAAUAUAUAAAUACUGCUAGUGCGUGCAUGAUAAUGUACCAGAUAAAUAUUGGCAAUGCACUGUAGAGAAUACAUCAUAGUCCUGUGCAGUAUAAGGUAGCAUAUUUAUAAUGUAUAAUUCAAGAACACAGUCUGGAACCUGAUCGCUAGAGGAGGAGAAGUGCCCCCAGGCAGUGGGGCCUACCGGUGGUUUCCCUCGUACCCCUGUGGGCCAGUCUGACCCUGCCCAAAAGCCAGUUUUACAGAAUUAAAAGGAAUUGUUCCAGGCAAGAGGUUUAUCAAUAACAGGUUAAGAAAGUUUACCGGGCUUUUGAAGAACAGGGAUACCCAUAUUUUGGAUAAUGCACUGGAAGCUACCAAUAAGAAAGAAAUAAAUCUGCUAUUGAAUAAAAGCCUAAAAAUACAGAAUAAUUAGUUGAAUGAAACUUUGGAUUUUAUAACCCAAUAUAAUACACAUGCUUCAGAUAUUAAAUGGAUAAUUCUUAAAAAUUCUUCCAUUCUUAAAAUUGACCCUCUAUUGAAUCCUACAUCCACCACUAAUGUAAAGGUGAUUUAUAGAAAUCUGAUGCAUUACAACGUAAGCUUGCCCCCAGUAUGUUUAAACAUAAAAAACCUAAAACAUGUGAUAAUACGAAGAAUAUACAUGAUCCUUCUGAAUGUAUAAGAGAGAAACCUAACGGAUUUUACAAAUGCAUGAGAAGUAGAUGUCUUACAUGCAAUAAUGUAGAAUCAAGAACAAAGAAUUUCCAGUCCACUAAUACAGGAGAGAGAUUCUCUUUUAAUGAGUUUGUGAAUUGUGAAUCUUCAUAUGUUGUGUAUCUCAUAGUUUGUUUGCGGCCGACAGUAUGUGGGACGCACCAUUGGGAAAUUUAAAGCACGCUUUUUAGAGCACAGAAUAAAUAUUUUAAAGAACAGUUCUCUUCACAGUCUAUCCAGACACACAAAUCAAUGUGGACAAGGGAAACUAACAGAUAUUAGAACUUGUAUUAUUGAGCAGAUCAAGUCAACAGAAAGAGGAGGAGACCGUUUUAAUUUGCUCUGUAAGAGAGAAGCAUACUGGAUUUUUAGGUUGAAGACUUUAAAACCAUUGGUGCUUAAUGAAAGUAUUAAAUUAAAUAAUUUUUAAGACAAUUGUUUGAAUAAGUGUUCUAAUAAUAAAAAAAAUGUUAAACUUU